CUGUUUGAGAGCCAAACGUUGCUGAGGACCUAGCAGAGGAGCAGCCGAGGCGAUGGCAGCUGAGGCAGGGAUGCUCGAGCUGCCCUUCGUCCACGAUGACCAGCUCACCCGGUGCAUGCGGCUGCGAUUCCAGAGCCUGCAGCAAAAAAACAUGAAGCCCCAGGAUGGCGAGAAGCUGCUGCAUCCCAACGAGCACGUCUACCGAGUGGAUUUCAUCCGGCAGCACAACCUGCGCUUCCUCCGCUGGGACAUCCAGCUGGAGAGACCUGGAAAAGUUACGGUGACCGGCACCUCCCAGCACUGGACUCCUGAUCUCACCCACCUAAUGAACCGGCAGCUGCUGGAGCCAGUGGGCAUCUUCUGGAAGAAGCCAGGGGCCAAGGAGGUGGAGUGCAAUGAGGCAGAUGCCCAGGAAUUUGGGGAGCGGAUAGCAGAGUUAGCCCAGAUCCGCAAGGUGAUGUAUUUCCUCCUCGCUUUCACCGAUGGCCUCGAGCCGGCUCAGCUGAAGGGCUCCAUUGUUUUUAAAGCCUGA